AUGUUUUCCGAAUGUAGAGUUGUCUCAAAAAUCUCAGUCAGAGACCGUGCAUCGACUGUAGCAUCGGAACCAUCAACAGUGUCUAUCGAACCAGAUGACGAUGAUGAUCAAUUUUUCUACUAUUUACUGCUUACCGUGCCAUUAAUUGCACUUGGUGGUUAUGUCUAUGAUGCUGCCACACUUGUCAUGUCAAACAAUAAAACCGGUGGUCUUCUUUCUUCGGUUUUGUUUAUAUUUUAUUUUUUACAAUACUCCGUGACAAUUAAUUCCAAAUGGUUACUAACACUCUAUCAGUUUAUUAUUUGGGCUAUGGUAACAACUGGCGACGCUCUUGUUUUAAGAAUAGCCAAUUUUCCGUUAGCAAACUUUAUCGGUUUACCAUCAAGAGUUAUGCCUCAUAAAGUUGUUACAAGAUGGUAUCGAUCAUCUGAAUUACUUUUGGGUGCAAGAAAAUAUGGUACUGCUGUCGAUAUAUGGGCAGCUGGUUUAAUUAUGAUCGAAUUGUUACUUCGAGUAGUAUUAUUACUUAGUGGUUCUGAUCUUGAUCACUUAUUGAAAAUAUUUGAAGUGGUUGGAACAGAUUAA